AUGUUUUUAAUUAGCCAGCAUUUUGAAAAUUUCGGCGUCAAUCCCGACUGCACCGACUUUGGUCCGAUCCGUCAAAAGUACCCGCAAGGUGUUGCCGCUUCCUCUGGCGGGAGCGGUUUUUACUGGCAACUGACUGACUCUGGCAACGAUUUUCGAGAGUCGUUGACAUUCAAGUAUCAAGUAAAGUUCGAAGAUGGUUUCGAGUUUGUCAAGGGCGGCAAGUUACCCGGCAUCUACGGCGGCUCAUCCGGCUGUGGAGGUGGAGCAAAUGCAGCAGAACUCGGCUGUUUUUCGACUCGAUUGAUGUGGCGAGCAAAUGGGGCUGGGGAAGUUUAUCUUUACGCUCCUUACGAUCAAGCUGAUGGUUUUUGCGACCGGCCGAAUUAUCACUGUAACUUUGACUAUGGAAAUUCUAUCGAUAGAGGGUCCUUUUCUUUUACGCCUGGGCAGUGGUAUCAGAUCGAAGAAAGAGUAAAGCUAAACACAGCCGGCUCUCUUGAUGGUACUCUUAUGCUAUUUGUGGAUAACAUUCUCAGGAUAAACCUCAACGACGUCAAUUACCGAGUCGAUCCUCUUUUGAAAAUACAUGGGGGCCAGUACUCGACUUUUUUCGGCGGUUCUUCUGCAGAAUGGGCUCCGGUAAAGGACGAAUAUGCCCAGUUCCGAAACUUCGAAUUUGCCGAGUUUUCUGAUUCGCUUGAUCCAAUCGUUGUCGAUCCAACACGAUGCGAUAGAGAAGCGAAUUCAUGUCAUAAAGCGGCAGAAUGCGUUAUUGAAAAUGGAAGCAACAUUUGCCGCUGUGUUGAUGGCUGGACGGGCGAUGGGACGAUUUGUGUUGAAAAUCCAACUUGUGAGAAUAUGCCUUGCCAUGAGUUUGGACACUGCUCGAUGAGAGAUAAUGUUCCGAUUUGCUUUUGUAACGACGGAUUUGCAGGAGAUGGGUUUGCAUGCGGAAAUGGGGAGACAAGGAAAGGGUUUAUGUUUGUUGAUGAAAUUUCCUGCGACGUUGAACCAACCUACACCGCAAUCCGCGAAGCUUUCAAUCUCCCCGGCAAUCCUGGCAGCACCGGCCGUGACAACCUAGGCAAGCUCGAAACUUGCCCCGAUGGCGAAACCACUCCAAUCCGUCAACUUUACCCCCAAGGGGUUGCUGGCGGAGCGGGCGGAAGUUAUUUCUACUGGGAGCUGCCCGCUGCUGGCGAGGACUACAGAGAGUCGCUUUCUUUUAAAUACGAUGUGAUGUUCGAAGAUGGAUUUGAGUUCGUCAAGGGUGGAAAGCUCCCAGGCCUCUUUGGUGGGAAAACUGGAUGUUCGGGAGGAGCAGAUGCUGCGGUGAAAGGCUGUUUUUCCACAAGACUGAUGUGGAGAACCGGAGGCGAGGGAGAACUCUAUCUCUACGCUCCCUACAAUCAGGCCGAUGGUUUCUGCGACCGAGAAGGCUACCACUGUAAUUUUGAUUACGGCCAUUCCGUCCAGCGAGGAGCUUGGACCUUUGUCCCGGGAACUUGGUACAAAAUCGAGCAGCGAGUUCAUUUGAAUACUGCCGGCAAUCUUGAUGGGAAGAUUAAGAUUCUUGUGGAUGAUCAGCUUGUCCUCAGCCUCGAUGAUGUUAAUUACAGAGAAGUCGACACUAUUAAAAUCAACGGCGCUCAUUACAGCACCUUUUUCGGAGGAUCUAGUAGCUCGUGGGCUCCUGUGAAGGAUGAAUACGCGCAGUUUCGAAAUUUCGAGUUCAGCGAAUAUCUCGACUCGGAUCGCGCCGCAGUUUCAGCCUCAAAGCAUUGCGACAGGUUUUUAAAUGGUUGCCAAGAAAAUGAGGUGUGCUUGGAAAUGGCUUCAGGAGACACUUGUGUUUGCCACACGGAUUGUAUCAACGAUCGUAAGUAG